AUGGGUUUCAUCGACUUCGUUUCCGACGCUGGCCUCACUCUCCUUGAGAACUGGACCAAGACCCGUUCCUACAUUGUUGGAUACGGUCCUUCCCAGGCCGAUGUCAAGACCUUCCAGGCCCUGAAGGCUUCCCCUGACGUCGCCAAGUACCCCCACGCCUACCGCUGGUACAAGCACAUCGCCUCUUUCGAGUCCGAGUUCUCUUCGCUCCCCGGUGACCCAACCAAGGAGUUCACUGCCUACGGCCCUGAGUCCGCUGAGCUCACCGUCAACCCCUCCAAGGCCACUGCCAACGCUGAGGAGGAGGAUGAUGACGACGUUGACCUCUUCGGCUCUGACGAUGAGGAGGAGGAUGCUGAGCACGCCCGUAUCCGUGAGGAGCGCCUCAAGGAGUACGCCGCAAAGAAGGCCGGCAAGGUCAAGCCCGCUGCCAAGUCUAUCGUCACCUUGGACGUCAAGCCCUGGGACGAUGAGACCGACAUGAAGGAGCUCGAGGCCAACGUCCGUGCCAUUGAGAAGGAUGGUCUCGUUUGGGGUGCCUCCACCCUUGUCCCCAUCGGUUUCGGUAUCAAGAAGCUCCAGAUCAACUUGGUCGUUGAGGAUGACAAGAUCUCGCUCGAUGAGCUCCAGGAGCAGAUCCAGGAGGACGAGGACCACGUCCAGUCCAGCGAUAUCGCUGCCAUGCAGAAGCUGUAA